UAAAAUACAGAAUGAACGCAUCGCCAUUAUUGUAUCGACAAUUUUUAUGAGUAUUUUUGAAAAAUUUACCAUUCAAUUCAAUGAAAUUUAUGAAAUUUUUAUAUUUUAAACGUGUAUAAAGUGUAUGUGAACGAAUUUAUCUAGUUAAAAUUUAUUGUACGAUUUUGUGGCAUUCAAAUGGAGAUAUCGACAAUACCAGAUGCCGAACGCGAAGCAAGUGAAGUUUUGCAUUCAUUAUUACCAGUUGAACGGAUCGAAAAGAAAGAGGAUAAUGAAAAAAUCGAAAAUUUUGAGGAAAAUAACAGUAAUACAUCAUCCGAUCAUUGGGAAAAUGUGUCGGUGAUCAAAAGAAAACUGGGCUCACAACUGAAUGUGGUAUUAAAGCAUCAGGAUGAUGAAAUUGUUGAUGUGGAAUUCAGUGAUUCGGAUGAUAAACCAAUGCAAUUUGUUAACGUUGAAGUUUCAAAUCAUCAAAAAAAUCAAUUAAACACCACAACCGUGAAAAAAUCACGUAAACUGGUUAAAACGAAGAAACCAAAAACUACACAGAAAAAGACUGAUUCACAUAAAAAUGAUGAUAAAGAAGCAGCACCCUCGUUGCUAGAGAGUUCAGUUGGUGAGGUGGCUGAACGAUUAGCGGUCGGAUGUGAAUGCCAGGGAAUUUGUUUCAAAGAUUUACAAGCCGAAAGUGUUUAUCGGCAUCGUUUGAAUAUUGCCGAAUUGACAAAACAGGAGCACGACAUGUACCUUAUGGGUGUUACGAUGGCAUGCCUAUCAAAUCGAACUGAAACGAAUCGGCAUAAAGAACGAAUACGGCAACGUGCUGUGUACGUAUUUCAAGGGAAAAAAGUGUGUCUUGAUGCAUUUAUCUAUCUCGAAAAUGUGACCCAAUAUCAUUUGAAACGCAUUCGACGUCAUGUCAUGGUUAACGGUGUCGUGCCUCGUGUUCAUGGUAAUGUUCGAAAAAAACCUCACAACGCAUUGUCAUUGGAUUUAUAUAAAUUUGCCGAAAAUUUUGUCAAAUCCGAAUUAAUGCAGCACACAAAUGAUCUAAAUAAAAGUGUCAUUGUUGUGAAUGAACCACGGAUAAAUCUCUAUCAAAAAUUUCGUGAAAAUUGUUCAAUCGAUGGUAAACUUAUGAGCUAUUCAACGUUUCGACAUUUUUUAAAGAAACAAUUUCCACAUGUUCGUUUCGUUGUAAAUCGUCCGUUCGAUAAUUAUGCCAAUCGUGGUAUAAAACGUGAGAAAAAACAUCAAAAAUUAAAAUCGAAACGUUCAACGUCCAGUAACGAUGUUGUGAUGCACAAUAAUCGAGAUAAAAAAAUCGAUGCGAUUAGCGAAGAAUAUGACACCGAACCAGCAUCUGACGUGGAAGAGAUUUGCUUGGAAAUUAUUGCCAAUGAAAAUAGUAAUGAUAGUGACACCAAAAACAACGAAUAUCAAGAUAUCGAUUUUCUUGAAUCAGAGGAUGAAUAAUACAUAUAUCACAAAUUGUUUUAGUACCAAUAUAAAGAAACGUUUUUUUUUCUUUGUU